GUAAAAUAACUAACGUUUAACAGUUCAAGAUGUAAUAAAAUAUUACCUUUUUAAGCUUCUGAAAUAAUCAUAAUCUAUCUUCAAAUGUUUAAAAAUGUUUAACAGCUUCCACGUUGUCUUUGUUAAACUAAAAUUAAGCCCAAAUAAAAAUAAAGUGCACUCCAUGGUUCAGCAGGCUCUAAAGCAGGUGUGGACGGUUCCAGCCCAUCUGCGCUGGUGUCAGAUGUUUCCCUGCUUGGAAUCACCUGAAUCCAAUAAAUUGUUCAUUAACAGAAAAAGGUGAUGGGUGAAGGAGAUCACUGAUGUAGAUGGGAUUAUUCUCCUGUUUCAUAAUCCAGUUUUAUCAAAUCUCUUUUCUGCUGGCAGAUGAGUUCAAGCUGGUUUGCAGUCUGCCUGGCCCAGCAGGACCCCCAGGAUUCCCGGGAGCUCCUGGACCCUCAGGGUCCAUGGGCCCUAUGGGUUCGCCAGGGUUGGAUGGUCCAGAUGGAAAAGAUGGAGAAAAGGGAGAAAAAGGAAACGGGGGUGAUCCAGGUAGACCUGGGAACCCUGGGAAGCCAGGGGUGAAAGGCCGUGAAGGUCUUAUUGGUAAAGCUGGACCUCGGGGACCAAAGGGGCUGCGUGGAUCACCAGGUGUGGCCGGAAAACAAGGGAAGAAAGGGGAGCUGGGUGACAGGGGCCAGCAAGGACCUCCUGGUGGUUGUAACUGUGGCACUGCGGCUCGAUCAGCCUUUUCUGUGGCCGUAACAAAGAGUUAUCCAAAAGAACGACUGCCAAUCAAUUUCAGCCGGAUCUUGCUUAAUGAAGGGAAUCACUACAAUGCCAGCAGCGGGAAGUUUGUCUGUCAGAUCCCUGGAGUCUAUUAUUUCACCUAUGAUAUAACACUGGCCAAUAAGCACUUGGCUAUAGGACUGGUGCAUAAUGGUCAGUACAAGAUCAAGACCUUUGAUGCCAACACGGGGAACCAUGAUGUGGCAUCUGGCUCUACUGUUCUCCACCUGAAGCAGUCAGAUCAGGUGUGGCUGCAGAUCUUCUACUCAGAGCAGAAUGGACUCUUCUUUGACCCCUUCUGGACAGACAGCACCUUCACUGGGUUUCUCAUUUAUGCUGAUCAGGAGUUUCUCAAUGAGGCAGAUAAAAAGGCAAAUAGUGAGGAUGACAGUUGACAUUGUAAUCCUGAAUGUAUCUGUUUUAUUGCAGGUCAAAUCCAAACAAUGCAAUCUGGACUUGUUGAAAACGUCUUGACACAAGGGGGCGCAAAAGUAAAGAAAAUAAAUAAGGAAAAAGAUUCGAACUAAAGAGGUUUUGUGACUGCAGUAAUAAUGGGUCCAACUUGCUUUAAAUAUUUACCACUUUUGUUUUGCUCUUAUGGAAGAAUCUGCUGUAAAGAGUAAUUUUCCAUUUUUACAGAACUGUGCAUUCUUGAUGGUUAGUGUAAGUAAUUUUUAUUUCAAUAAAAAAAUUUAAAAUGA